AUGAGGUCCACUAUCCUCACCACUCUGGCCCUGUGCACCUCAAACACUUUAGCAAGAAGAUUGUUCGUCCAACCUACCGACCUCUCUAUCGCUAACCUCGACGAUCUCUCACUCGACAACACCUUUGCACGACCACCCGCCAAGGUCAUCCAGAUCGACGACAUCAUACCGGUCGCCGACGUACAUGGCAACCAGCGGUGUUGUCCGGUUGGCACGGUCAACAAUGGCAUAUCCUGUGUCUAUCCUGAAAGCUCUGUCUGCCCUGCUGGUACACGUCUAGUCGGAAGUCUGUGUGUCAGCGAAGCAGGCCCGCAAUGUCCUUCAAGUCAGCAUUGGGAUGGUCGGCAAUGUGUCAGCGACUUGCCACCAGAGUGUCCAAAGGGCUCACAGCUGAAGGGGACGAAAUGUGAAUCAUUGAGAGACCCUGCUUGCUCGACAGGCUUUAAGCUCAAGGGCUCUGACUGUGUCUCACUCACGGAUCCAGCAUGCCUGCCGCUGUUCAAGCUCAAGGACAGCAUGUGCGUGCCGAUUAAUCCGCCAACGUGCGCUGAGGGGCAACACUUCGAAGACGGCAUCUGUGUCGGUACGGAACCGCCUCAAUGCCCGGAAGGAACCAAGCUUGAGAAAGGUCUUUGCUACUCAACCGACAAGCCGACAUGUGACCUCGACUCGUACUAUGACGAAACCCUUGGCCUUUGCGUCCACAAGAGGAAACCGGAGUGCCAUCUCCCCAACUUCAGACUGGAGGAUUCUGUCUGUGUUGCAGAUAGCGAUCCAGAAUGUGAAGUCGGAUACUUCAACGGCAGGAUCUGCAUGGCUGCACCCAGUUGCCCAGCCGGUACCGAGUUCAAUGGCAAGGGGUGCUACAUUGAAAAGCCAUUCCAGUGUCCCGAUGGCCUCGAAUUCUCGACUGAUCGUGAAACGGAUGACACAAAAUGCUGCUUGAUCGGCUUUCAGCUCUCCGACGGCCGCUGUCACAAGCCGGAAAACGACCCUGACAAUUGUCCACCUGGCACAGAGCAUGACGAGGAAACGGAUAUGUGUGUUACACCACCAGAAUCGGUCAGAUGUCCUGUCGGCUAUGCUUAUGAAGAUGGAAAGUGUAUGAGGAGAUCAAACCCAGACUGUCCCGGGCGCGGCACGCUGGUCAACGGACAAUGUAUCAUCAGCACUCCUCCCAAAUGUCCGGAGGGAAGCGACUUCCUUGGCGGAAAGUGCGUCAGUGACACGCCUCCAGGAUGCCCACCGAAUACAAAGCAAGACGGAGACAGAUGUACUUCCAUCAGAGCGCCUUUAUGUCCUUUGGGCACCGUACUCACCGACAACAGCUGCGUUAGCGAGAAAGCGCCAGUCUGUCCCCCAAAUGCAGUCCUCAAAGGCAGACUCUGCCAAUUCCCCAACAAACCACGAUGCCCCGAAGGAUCGCACAUGGCAGGCAAAGACUGUGCAUCGCCCGUUGCCCCCGAGUGCCCAAGUGGUACGACGUUCAACGGAGAGAGAUGCGUAUCGAGCAACCCUCCUCAGUGCCCCAGCGGCGCACGAUUCAUCGACGGCACGUGUGUCGCUUCAGGACCUAAUUGCCCCACUGGUCAAAAGCUUAUCGACGGUCGAUGCAUUGGUAAAGAAGUACCCAAAUGUCCUGACGACGCUACCUUUGACGGUGUUGAUUGUGUUGCCAAGAAGAAGCCGACAUGCGCCGAUGGUCUGCAAUGGGAUGGCAAGACUUGUGUCGGCAAGAAAGGUCCUGACUGUGGUCCAAACCUGGUCUUCGAUGGCACACGCUGUGUUUCUUCAGAGCCCAUCACGUGCCCAGAAGGCUCUGAGCUAAUCAACGGAAAGUGCGUGGCCGCACCUCCAACUUGUCCGGAGGGAUCUGUGCUUCUCAAUGGCGCGUGUGUCCUGACCAAGCGACCGCAGUGCCCCGAGAACACUGUUCCGGAUGGCGACAGGUGUUUGUCUACCGAGUUGGCGAAGUGUCCGGACAAUCUGGUACCCAGCGGCGAUGCAUGCGUAUCACCGGAGCCUCCGAAGUGUCAAGAAGGUACCGUGUGGGAUGGAGAGCGAUGCCACACGACGGCUACGUACAACUGUUUCGAUAUGGGAGUCUUCUGUCCUGAUGUUCAGAAGAGCCCGUUUGCCUUGUCUGGAUCGACGAAUGCUUCUGGGUGA